AUGGGUGAUCAUUCAAUGGAUACGGAUGAUCAUGAUAUUGAUGUCGAAGAGUGUGAUGGGCAUCCUAGUGGAUCACAAACCAACCAUGUCUUCAAUGAUGGAACUGAUUUUUAUAUCGGGCUUUUGGAUGACAACAGGUUUUUAUGUUACUUCGUGUCUUGCGCAACUUGCAUUCGAGGAUAUACCCACAUGAGAAAGGUUAUUGCCGUUGAUGGCACACAUUUAUAUGGCAAGUACGAGGGUGUCUUGUUGUUUUCCGUCGCACAGGAUACUGAGAACCAUGUUUAUCCUAUUGCAUUUUGCAUUUUGGACAAGGAGCGUGAUGAUUCUUGGACCUACUUCUUCCAGCAGCUCAAGUUUAUAAUCGUCGAUAAACCAGACUUGUGCAUCAUCUCUAGUAGACACAAGAGCAUAGCCAACGAUAUUUCCAGGACAUAUGAGCAUGCUCACGAUGAACUUUGCAUGAAGUAUCUUUCUGAAAACCUCCGAAAGAAUUUCCAAUGUGGAGAUUCUCUUCAUGCAUACUAUAAUGCAGCAAAGGCAUAUGGUUACAAGGAGUUCGAUGAACAUUUUCAGCAAUUCAGUGAUAAAAGCCCUGAAGCAGCUCAGUGUCUUAAGUUUAAGAUUGGAUUUGAAAAAUGGAGCAGGGCACAUUUUCCAGCCAACAGGCAGAGGCGUGCCAAUAUCGGCGAUUCAAAUAACAUAUUUGUGCCUUCGGCUGAAAUAACGUUAAGGGAAAAGAUGACUGAGGGCGAUUCCUUAUUUGUCAGUAAUAUAAAUGGGGAUGUCGACAAGUUCACUGUUAUCGGCAGUGGCAGAACUGCCAAAGUCAAUCUACUGAACAAAACAUGUUCUUGUAGAGAGUAUGACUUGGUGAAAUUACCGUGCGCUCACGCCAUGGCAGCCUUGAGAUUGAAGUAUGGAAAUGGAUAUGGUUCCAACAUCUACAAGUAUUCUUCACCGAUAUAUAAAGUUCAAUCUUACAUCCUUGCAUUUGCUAAAACUAUCAAUGUAGUCCCUGUCUGA